CGACUGUCCAUGUUAUAAAAUAGGAAGGAGCGGCAUGGAGGCGGUGUUCUUCAUCGCGCCUUCCAAAAUAACAGUUGCAUCUAUUAAGGAAGCUGCGAUGGUCGAAAUGCAGAACUUGGAAGGAACUCUAUCUGUAUCUCUCUCUUGCUCUUUGUAGUGGGUUGCAAUAUCCCUCAGGGACAGUCACCAGGUAUAACCCUUUGCCAAUACCACUGACCCCAAUGGAUGUCAGGGUCUAUGUCCAAAAUGGGAAUAAUUAAAUUAGUACUUCAAGAUGACGCUGGGACUGGUGGUGCAAAUGUAGCGGGAUUAGCUUUGCACAGGGUCAUUUCCCCAGUCCAAUGCCGCGAGUGCUGGCUGCCUUGCAUUGUCGCUCCUGUGCUGGUACAUCAAGAGGCGGGGUCAAGUGUUGGGAUGAGGAUAAUGUCUUUUGCCCUACCCCUGAAAAUAUAACUAAG